AUGCUUGUGUAUGCGACAGUUGUGCUCCUGAUUUUGUCUAUUCGCAUUUUCUACAACUAUAGCCGCUUAUGGCCGAUCUCGGGCCCGGUUUAUGCCUGUGUUUCAGACCUCUGGCGAGGGUAUGCCCAUCGGUCGCCCGAUUAUAGCCGCCGGCUACGUAAACUGCACCAGAAGCACGGCCAGGUGGUUCGCAUAGGGCCGACUGUGGUCAGUAUCUCUGAACCCGAGGCCAUUGUCCGCUUCUAUGGCAGCAGAGAACAGGAAAAGUCAAUUCACGAUUUUCCUUUAAUAUCUGAGCGUGGCCAAGCCGUAUCUAGCAUUUGUAUAUCGAAUGGAUUGCGAAAAGGCUCCAUAAAUGAGCUUUCUUGUCAACACACCAAUAUCUUGCGCUAUGAGGGAAUUAUCGAUCAGUCCGCCAGUGACCUUAUCUCAGCCUUACAGAGAUAUCGAAUUCUAGAGAUAACAGGGCCUCUUCAAAUCUUCGCGUCGGAAUUCGUGCACAGGGUAUUGACAAAGAUGCCUUGGAAGAGUUCGAAAGGCGUUGCUGGGACACGACCUUCACCAUCAAUGGUAGAAUAUCUAAUGCUUUGGAGUCCUAUCAUGAGAUUGAAACGAGAACGCCAGGAACUUUUCUCAUGCAUACCAUCUCGACAGUAUUCCUGGGCACAUCCCGGCUUUAACCCCGAGGGACAAAACGAAGAAGUGAACGAGAUAUCCGAGGACUACUCAUCGGUUGUGACGGCCGGGUUGAAGGCGAUUUCGACGGCCUUUGUUUCAACCUUCCCUUUACUGUUGCAACAUCCGGAGACUAUGGGCCGGCUGGUUGAAGAAGUUGACACGGCAUUUUACAAUGAAAACUUAUCAGAGUCUUCUCUAUGGGAGGAAGUGAGCAGAUUGCGCUACCUGGAUGCCGUUUUCAAAGAGUCAAUACGCUGUCAGCCUACGACAUCUAGCAUCGAAGUAUCAGUGUCCAGAAGCGACACUGCCAUUGCUGGACAUGAUCUUCCAGUUGGAACAGUGAUUGAAUGGCACCCUGACUCUUUCAAGAUUGAUGAAGACAUUUACGGGGAGGACGUGGAAAAUUUUCGACCGGAACGCUGGCUGGUUGCGGAUCAGCAGGAACGAAGGCAUAUGGAGCAAGGUCUAUUGGCAUUUUAUAUCAGCAGACGAACUUGCAUGGCAUCCCGGGUAGUAUUCUUAGAGUUGAAGAAGGUCGUUGUUAUGAUCCUCCUACAAUUUAACAUGGAGCUCCUUGCGUCAGAUGGGAAUCUUCCCGAGUGGCGCAGUCAAGGCGCCGAAUUCCUACCUCGUAUGGUAGUAAACCUCGUCCAGAGAGUUCACUGA